GGUCACUCAACUGCAUUUUCUGAGCAGGCAACAUUAAGAGUGAAGGGUAACUACAGACUCUUCUUCCUUGUUCGCUUGCAGUUUUUUCUGUCCUGCACUGUUCUUGAUGGAUCCAAAAAUACUUUGUAAAUAGGGUUCAAGGAAGUUAUUUCAGUUUUCACUAUGAACCUCAAGCGUGCAGAAAGCUAUGAAGAUCACAUUGACGUCAAAAGGUCAGAUUCACCUAUGCCAAGCAACGAAUCAUUUAGGAGUGAUGUAUCAGUGCAACAUCCAGUUGGCAAUUUCUCAUGUGACCAUAGGUCAGUCUCAUCUUUGUCAAGCAAUGUGUCCUUUAAGAGUGAUACAUCAAUGCAACACCCAGUCGGCAAUUUUCUCACGCACCCAAAGCUCCUGUACCUGGCCCUUGUGCAGCACUUGUGCCAGAUUGCCAGUACACCACUCAGACAACCUCUGCCUUCUGCCUCUGCCACAGAGCCAGUGCCACCUGUCUCUGCUGUUGAUCAAAUCAUCAUAAGCUUUUGUCCUGAUCCACGUUCUGUACUUGCUCUAAUCCAUCUCCUGUCCAGCUGUCUGCGGCCUUUUUUGCUCCUGUCCAGAGGCUUGUGGCCUCAUCUGCUCCAGCCCUCUUGCUGCAGCCCUUCAGCUCCCACUCCUGUCACUCGUCCAGUCCAUGCCUCUCCAUGGUCACAAUCACCUGUGCCAAGCAGUGUAUCACUUAAGAGUGAAACAUCAAUGCAACACCCAGUUGGCAACUUUACAUGUGACCAAAGUAAUUCACAAUGUCAUUUAUGGACCUUUGGACCAAGAGUGCCCUCCCAGAAUUGCUCCAGUCUCAAUUCUGACGCAAACUCUACACGACAUCCCUCAAGCACUCUGGAGACAGCCCAAGAAAAACUUAAGUUAACCUUCAGAGAAAGGUAUCAUCAUUUAAUUGAGGGAACAACACAUCAAGGAAACUCAGUACCACUCAAUAAGAUUUACACAGAAUUGUACAUCACACAAGGUAUGAAUGAAGGUCUCUGCCAUCACCAUGAAGUGAACCAGAUUGAGGCAAAACUGAAGACAGUAACAGUGGACACACUUAUCAAAUGCAAUGACAUCUUUAAACCCUUACAUGGACAAGACAAGCCUAUUAGAACUGUGCUGACAAAGGGAGUGGCUGGCAUUGGAAAAACUGUCUCUGUGCAGAGGUUUGUUCUGGACUGGGCUGAAGGUGAAGCAAAUCAGGAUGUCCACUUCAUAUUUCCACUUCCAUUCAGGGAGAUGAAUUUGAUGAGGGACCAAAAAUACAGUCUGAACGACCUUCUUCAGCAUUUUUUCAUGAAAGCAAUCGAUGCAAGUUCACCCCAAUUUACAAACCAUUCUCUUCUUAUCAUUUUUGAUGGUCUGGAUGAGUGUCGCCUUCCUUUAGAUUUUCAGAACAAUGAGAGUUUAUGGGAUGCAACGAAGACAACCACAGUAGAUACCCUGUUAACAAACCUCAUCAAGGGGAAUCUGCUUCCCUCUGCACAAAUCUGGAUAACCUCUCGACCAGCGGCAUCUGGCCGCAUUCCACCUGAAUGUGUUGAUCGAGUAACAGAGGUACGAGGAUUCAAUGAUCCACAGAAGGAAGAUUACUUUAGGAAGAGAAUCACUGAUCAGAGCCUUGCCAACAAAAUCAUUACCCACUUGAAGUCACUGAGGUGCCUCUACAUCAUGUGCCACAUUCCAGUCUUCUGUUGGAUUGUAGCCACUGUUCUGGAGAGAAUGGCAGUCGACUUUGGGUGGGAUAAGAUCCCUAAAAGUUUUACUCAGAUGUAUACGUACUUCCUGAUCACACAGAUCAACACUAAAAAAGCAAAGUACUCUGACAACAAAGUCACAGAUAAAGAAGUGAUCUUCAAGCUUGGGAAGCUCGCCUUUGAGCAGUUUGAAAAAGGCAAUCUGAUCUUCUAUGAGGAAGAUCUGAAAGAGUGUGGUAUUGAUGCCAGAGAAGCAUCUGUGUACUCUGGAGUCUUCACACAGAUCUUCAGAGAGGAGUUUGGACUUUUCCAGAAGAAAAUAUUCAGCUUUGUGCAUCUGAGCAUUCAGGAACAUCUUGCAGCUCUAUAUGUGUUCUUGUCCUUCCACAACUACAACCAAAACAUGCUCGAUCCUCAACAGACAAGUAAUCAUAAACCUGUAACAAUGAUAAGGUUGCAUAAGACUGCAAUUGAUAAAGCUUCUGAGAGUGAGAGUGGACACCUGGAUCUCUUCCUUCGUUUUCUCAUGGGCUUCUCACUGGAGUCUAAUCAGAUCCUCCUACAAGAUUUACUAGUACAGAGACGCAAUCCUGAGGAGAUAACAGAAACCAUCAGCUAUCUGAAAAUGAAAAUCAGAGAAAACCUCUGUGCUCAUUUGUCUGUAAAAUUCUUCAAUUGCCUGAAUGAGCUUAAUGACUGCUCACUGGUGAAUGGAAUUCAAACAUUAUUGAUGAACAGAACUCUAAAUGAGGACAAUCUCUCUCCUGAACUCUGGUCAGCAUUAGUAUUCAUAAUACUCACUUCAGAUGAGAAGUUGGAUGAGUUUGAACUUUCUAAAUAUCCCAAGUCGGAUGAGACUUUUUUCCGCUUGCUUCCUGUGAUCAGAUUGUCUAGGAAGGCCAGGUUAAAUAAUUGUAACAUUACAGCGAAAGGCUGUGCAGCACUAGCCGUAGCUCUCCCCACCAUGAUAGCCACAAGAGAGCUGGACCUCAGUCACAAUCAGUUGCAAGAUGCUGGAGUGAAGGUGCUCUGUACUGGAAUCCAAGGUGACAUCGUGGAAAAAAAAACUGUAUGUUUUAAUUCUGUCAAACAAAAGAGACACUUUCUUGAUUCAGUUCUGAGUUUAAACCCCUCAUGUAAAAGAGAGCAGGUCCUGGUGUGGGAUAAUGCAGCAGAACUGCUUUGCUGUUUAAUACAGUUUUUACAUAAGAAGCAGGAAUUCCGUGGACUGAAAGGCACUCCUUGUAACAUCGAGAUACUAAGGAUGAAUAACUGUGGUGUUACAAAUGUGGGCUGUGGUUUUCUUGCUUUAGUCCUGAGUUCAAAAUCCUCCAACCUGAAGGAACUCGACUUGAGCCAGAACAACAUAGGAGACUCAGGAGUGAAAGCACUUUGUAAUGUUUUGAAGAGAGCUUCUUGUAAACUGGACACAUUGAAAAUAGACAACUGUAAACUUACAGAGCACAGCUGUGCAGCAUUGGCCUCAGCACUACAAGAAAAUUCCGGCUUGAAAACUGUGUCCUUGAGUAACAAUGAGUUACAGGAUUCAGGAGUGAAGCUGCUUGCUGCUGGACUGGAGGAUCCUCGCUGUAAACUCGAGACACUGCGGCUUUCAAACUGUGAGAUCAAAUCAGAAGGUUUUUCAUCUCUAGCUUUGGCUCUGUUGAAUUUAUUUAUAGGUUGGAGGUUAGGGAACGAGCCUUGUGAUUGGAAGGUCACUGGUUCGAUCCCCUGA